AACUUGCCUCGUGAGAAAAGAUUUAAGCCUGAAAAUGUCAUCCUUGUUGGUUUGAUGCCUGGUCCUAAGGAGCCAAAGACCAAAGAGAUCAACCAUUAUUUAAAGCCAAUAGUCAAUGAAUUGCUGCAGUUGUUUAUGGGGAUAACCAUCCCGACCUUUGAGUGCCCAGCCGGUGUUAAUGUAUGUGCUGCAUUACAUAUGGUUGCCUGUGACAUCCCCGCCGCCAGGAAGACCAGUGGAUUUACCGCCCACAACAGUACUUUGCAUGCCCCAGAUGUCGACUUCAGUGGGUUUGACUAUUUGACGUGGAAAAUCCAUAGCGGUCUGGAAAACAGGUUGCAUGCUGAGGAGUGGAAGAGUGCCAGUACGCCCUCAGAAAGGCAUCAGUUGGAAAUCGAAAAUGGUGUUCGAUGGUCGCAGCUGCACCACCUUGGAUACUUUGAUCUAGUAUGUGGAACGAUCAUCGAUUCCAUGCAUAAUUUAUUCCUGGGGACAGCAAAG